AUGGAUCCCUUCCCACCGGAACCCUACCGAUCCGCACGUCUCCUUUAUCGUGCGCCAGAGGAUAACCCAGCAGAUGAUGCAUUCUUCCACGCUCUCUACGCCGACCCCGUGGUCGGGUCUAUGGCAACUACUGCCCUCUUACGCCCGCUCAGCACAAAGGAGCGGAAGGAAUUGCGAGCAAAGCUUUCUGAUGUAUUCAUGUCAGUCAUGAUAUGUAUUAUCCCGGACGAGGGCUCUGAUAAGGAGCCUGAGACAAUUGGUGUGGUCUCAUUAAAAAAGGAAGCCUCUGACUUCGCUCAUAAUCGCACGUACGAGUUAGGGAUCAGUAUUGCGCGCCAGAACCAAGACAAGGGAUAUGGGUCUGAGGCAAUCUCAUGGAUGUUAGACUGGGCUUUUCUGACGGCGGGUCUACACCGCGUUGAGCUGGUGGUCGCUGAGUGGAACGAGAGGGCACAAAAGGUGUACCGAAGGCUUGGGUUUGCAUCCGAGGGACGGAAGAGGCAGUGUCUCUGGAAAGCUGGAAGGUGGUGGGAUUUACUAUUUAUGGGCAUUUUGGCGCAUGAGUGGGAGGCGAAGAAGGCUGCUGGCUCUUGA